CUUGUGGAGAUUCACCGUGGCCUUGGCAGCAGGAGAUUCGUCCUUAAGUUCAGCUAUUUUGGACCAUUCCGUCACAUCGCUCAACCACUUCUCUACAAAGCCUGCUUCCACCACUCGUCUCACCUACAAUCAGGAAAAGGUUAAUUCGAAGUUUCAACAAUAUCAAUAAUGAAGGGUCGCAGUUUCAUGAAACAUGGGCCACUCAAGGCCUACAGAGAACGUGCCACGAUCGAUUGGAAAUCAUUAAAAUUGAAUCUCCUUGGAUCGGAAACCUACGAGUAUCAGGACAAGCUCUAUAGAUUCAUGGAAAAGAGUCCGGAAUUUGCGAGACCCACGAAGCCGUGGACAUUGGACGAACACAGGAGAAGGUGCGUCAAGCAAACGACUCUUCUUCUGAAGAAUGACCUGGUGGAGCCUGCAUCUGGACAUUUAAAUUUUUAUAUCGCAUAUGACUCUUCUCUGCCAGUGGUCACAGGAGUCCUAUAUGCUAUGGUACCUGGGACAAUAUAUUCCCUUGGAUCACCACGUCAUUUUGAACUCAUCUCACAGUUUCGCGAGGGCCAACUACGGGGCUGUUUCGCACUGACGGAAGUGUCUCAUGGAACUAAUGCUAAGGGGAUCAGGACGACAGCUACGUACGACGUUAACUCCCAGAGUUUUAUUAUCAACACACCCGAUUUCGAAGCAGCAAAAUUUUGGAUCGGUGGCUUAGGAAAACAAGGAACCCAUGUGCUUACAUUUGCACAGUUAACUACUCCAGAUAACGUUGCUCAUGGACUCCACAUCUUCAUCGUCCCUGUCCGAGAUCCAAAGACAAUGUUGCCAUUACCAGGAGUGAUAAUCGGUGACUUGGGGGAAAAAGUCGGUCUCAAUGGCGUUGACAAUGGCUACGUUAUGUUCCAAAAUGUCAAAAUACCCAGAGAAAAUUUAUUGAAUAAAAUGGGAGAUGUAACACCUGAUGGGAAAUAUGUAUCACCAGUGAAGGAUCAGAGUAAACGAUUUGGUGCAUCCCUUGGUGCAUUGUCACUGGGUCGAGUGAGCAUUACAAAUAUCAGUGCUACCUACUGUUCUUUGGCAAUGGUGAUCGCCACAAGAUAUUGCGCUGUGAGGAGACAAUUCGGCCCUAAGGACGAUGAAGAAUGGCCGGUUAUUGAGUAUCAAGCACUUCACGGAAGACUGAUGCCUUGGUUAGCGGCCACAUACGCAAUUCAAAUAUUUUCGCGAGCGUUCAUGAAGAAAACUCAGGAGUUUCAAGGGAAAAUUCUCCAGGGAGAGAGUGGAGAUGAUUUGGCAUCAGAGGGGCUCGAAAUUCAUGCACUAUCAUCUGCUGCGAAGCCAUACUGCUCCUGGUUAGCCAGAGAUAUUAUUCAGGAUUGUAGAGAAGUCUGCGGAGGCAUGGGCUACCUCAAAGUGGCGCGACUGGGGGAUUUACGUGCUGAUCACGAUGCCAAUUGCACCUAUGAGGGGGAAAACAACGUGUUGAUUCAACAAGCGAGCAAUUGGCUGCUAGGAUUUUCUCAUAAUUUUUAUACAAAGCAGGAGAUUAUCUCUCCACUCGGCACAAUUGACUUUCUGAUGCGUCAGGAGGAGAUUCUGAAAGACCGAUUCAGAUCUACGUCUCGCGAAGAGGCACUAGAUCCGCAGAAUAUAAUUAAGGGUCUCCAGUGGUUGGUUUGUCACUAUCUCAGAGUUACUCAUCGACGCGUUGAGACUCUGAAAGGUGAAGGAAAAAAUCAGUUUGAUAUCAGGAACGAGUCGCAAACAUUCUUUGCACGUUCACUGUCACUAGUUUAUGCAGAACACGCGGUUUUCAAAGCAUUUUUAAAUACGCUGAGCGAUGAAAAAUGGGGAAAUAGUGAGCGAAUAGUCCUCCGGAAAUUGUGUUCCCUUUACGGUGCUUCAGCCCUCGAGAGAAAACUGGGUGAUUUCUACGCUGGAGGAUAUGCUGAGCCCUCGUCGAAUAUGGAUCAAUAUUUAAGGGAAGGAAUAAUAAAGUUGUCGAAGGAACUUGUGGAUGAGGCAGUGGCUCUCGUUGAUGUUUUAGCACCACCUGAUUUUAUAUUGAAUUCACCACUCGGCAUGUCUGAUGGAAGAGUUUAUGAGCACUUGGAGAGAUUUUUAAAACAAGAUGCUGAUAACUUUGAGAGACCAACGUGGUGGCAAGAAAUGAUACCAUCAAAAUUGUGACUGAAUAGUUGUUUAGCUUUUUAGUUUUUUUUAGUUUUUAAAUUUUUAUGGUGUUGCAAUUGUCUAAAAGGUGUUCUGUAUUUUUGUUAAUAAAAUUUUUACAAGUAUAUUACGUUA